AGCCAUGGGAGAAGGACUACUAGCUCUAUCAGGGUCAGAGUCCAAUAUCAAUCGAACUUCAGGUGAUUGCAGUGACGUCAUAACUCGAAGUCGGUCCUCUUCCUCAGCCACCCCUGUUUUAGUUCUGAGCACAUUGGUCGCUCUCUGUGGUUCCUUUGGCUAUGGCUGUGCUGCAGGAUAUUCAUCAUCAGCUGAAUCAGGAAUUGUGGAAGACUUGGGCCUUACUGUUGCAGCAUACUCAGUUUUCGGUUCAAUAAUGACGAUUGGGGGAAUGAUUGGUGCAUUAGUAAAUGGGAAGAUAACGGAUCUCAUUGGUCGUAGAGGUACAAUGUGGUUGUCUGAAAUAUUCAAUGCUACAGGGUGGCUCACUAUAGCAUUUGCACAGAAUGCUUGGUGGCUGGAUUUAGGACGGUUGUCAGUGGGAUUUGGCGUCGGUAUAAUUUGCUACGUGGUACCUGUAUACAUAGCAGAAAUAACACCUACUGAUCUUAGAGGAAGGUUUACUUCAGCUACUCAGUUGAUGCUUAGUUUUGGCUUCGCACUAACAUAUUUCCUUGGAAAUGUCAUAACCUGGCGGACCUUGGCUGUAAUCGGUGCUAUUCCAUCUCUUGUACACAUUAUAGGUUUAUUCUUCAUUCCAGAGUCUCCAAGGUGGCUGGCCAAAGUUGGCAGGCGAAAAGCCUUCGAAGCGACUCUUCAGCAUCUUAGAGGAAAGAACACUGACAUAUCUCAAGAAGCAGCUGAAAUAAUAGAUUAUACAGAAAUGUUUCAGCAGCACUCAGAAAGAGUCCUGGACUUGUUCCAAAAGAGAUAUGCUCACUCACUCGUUGUUGGAGUUGGGCUCAUGUCACUGCAACAAUUUGGGGGUGCCAAUGCAGUAGCUUUUUAUGCAAGUUCUAUAUUUGUGGAUGCAGGUUUUUCAAGUAGCAUUGGGACUACAUCAUUGGCUCUCAUUUUGAUACCUGGUGUUGCAUUGAGUGUGCUCUUAACAGACAAAGCUGGAAGACGACCACUUCUAAUGGUUUCUGCUGGCGGAUUGUGCUUGAGUGCCUUUCUUGUGGGUUUGGCAUUCAGCUUUCAGGACCUCCACCUGUGGAAGAAGGUCACUCCCAUUUUGGUUUACAUUGGCUUGUUGGGUCAAAGUGUAUCAUACGCAACAGGCAUGGCAGGAUUACCCUGGGUUAUUAUGUCAGAGAUAUACCCCAUGAACGUUAAAGGUUCAGCUGGAAGCCUCUUGAGUUUGGUAAAAUGGUCUUGUGCUUUUAUAGCAACAUACACCCUCAAUUUCAUGAUGGACUGGAGCUCGGCAGGAACAUUCUUCUUCUUCUCAGCCAUUUCCGGCAUUACACUUCUGUUCGUGGCAAAGCUGGUGCCGGAGACCAAAGGCCGAACCCUAGAAGAAAUACAAGCAUCAAUACAAACAAGAAUUACCCAUUUUCCUCUGACUAUAAGAUAAACCAUGUCUAUUCCAAAGGCUGCAUUAUUUCCAUUAUAGUUACCCAACUGGCAGCCAUUCAGGGUCUCCUAUUGAAAAAAGGAAAGCAUGCCAUACAAAGAAUAGUGAAAGCCAUGAACUUUAUUGCUUAAAUGUUAAAAAGCCAUAAACUUUGCACAUCUUCAUGUUCAGAAAGUACCAACUUUGUAUGAAACUAGGGUGUUUUACUCAGAUUUUAAGCUUGUCACACACUUUUCAA